CACUGGGAAAUGUCACUUACUGUGUUAAUAGUAAGCAUUCUCUUCACACUCUUUUCAACAGUCACCUCUCACUACUCCUCCUAUACUUCUCAACCUCCAUCUUCUUCUUCUUCGUCCUCCCUCUUCGAAUGGCGAUCUGCGCACGCCACUUACUACGCGGCGGCGGAUCCCCGUGACUCGGUGGGAGGCGCGUGCGGCUACGGCGACCUGUUGAAGGCGGGUUACGGGAUGGCGACGGUGGGUCUGAGUGAGGCGCUGUUCGAGCGGGGCCAGAUCUGCGGCGCGUGCUUCGAGCUGCGGUGCGUGGAGGACAACCGGUGGUGCAUACCCGGCACGUCCAUCAUAGUGACCGCCACCAACUUCUGCGCUCCCAACUACGGGUUCACUUCGGAGGGAGGUGGACACUGUAACCCUCCGAACAAGCACUUCGUUCUCCCAAUCGAUGCCUUCGAGAAGAUCGCAAUCUGGAAGGCUGGUAACAUGCCCGUCCAGUAUCGCAGGAUAAAGUGCAGAAAGGAAGGAGGAAUCCGAUUUACAAUCACUGGUUCUGGUAUCUUCAUUUCGGUGCUGAUCACCAAUGUUGCUGGCCACGGAGACAUAGCAGGGGUGAAGGUUAAGGGCUCAAGAACUGGUUGGCUUUCAAUGGGUCGGAAUUGGGGCCAAAACUGGCAUGUAAAUGCGUUACUACAGAAUCAACCUCUUUCAUUCGAGGUUACUGGUAGUGAUGGCAAAACAGUUACAUCUUACAAUGUUGCUCCUAAGGAUUGGAGCUUUGGACAAACCUUUGAAGGCAAGCAAUUUGAGACUUAAAAGCAUAAUGAAGAAAACUUGUUUCGAGGGACCAUUCUCCAUUCCAUCCAAAUUCCAAAAUUAUUGUUACCCCUAUAGUGAUAGAAUGCCUACUUAAUGGUAGUUUUCUUUUAUAUUUUAAUUCUUUUGGUUUUGUAGAAGAUUGUGUAGAUAGCAAAUGAUUUGGUGGUUUGUAAGAUUGUCAAUGUGACGCUGUACCUUUACAUUUAUUAUA